UCGGUCGCCAACGGGCGGGCGGAACCAUCCGCGGCAGGAAGAGGGGAGCCCGCCGCGCUUGGGGUUCCCCCGGUGGCGAAUGGGCCGUCCCGUCUGCCCGUUGUGUGCUGGCGGGGAGAGGCGGUCGUGCCUUGUGUCCCUCGUGUCCUUGUCCUAGAGCUGGGCUGGGGGGUCCCUUUGUCCUGACCAGAUGUGUGUGUGUCUGUAUUGGACAGUUUCUAAGAAAUAGCUCAGCAGGGCUUGCUUUUGGAGCAAAAGGCAGCACUUGGAGCUCACGUGAGGAGAAAGAGUUGUUUCUGAAGGCUGGAUUUUAUCCAGGGGAGGGGCGAUGGCAGCGCGGCGGGCGCUCAAAGCCGUCCUGGUGGAUCUCAAUGGAACACUUCACGUGGAGGACUCGGCUGUGCCAGGCGCCCAGGAGGCUCUCAAAAGGCUGCGCAGUGCCCCUGUCACCAUCCGGUUCGUGACCAACACGACCAAGGAGAGCAAGAGGGACCUGCUGGAGAGGCUGACGAGGCUGGGCUUUGACAUUGCAGAGAACGAGAUCUUCACGUCCCUGACAGCAGCCAGGAACCUCCUGGAGCAGAAACACGUGCGGCCUCUGCUCCUGGUGGACGACAAGGCCCUGCCUGACUUCACAGGGAUAGGCACUGAUGACCCCAAUGCAGUGGUGGUGGGAUUGGCUCCUGAGCACUUCCACUACGAGAUGAUGAACAGGGCAUUUCGGUUGAUUUUGGACGGGGCUCCUCUUAUAGCAAUCCAUAAAGCCAGGUAUUUCAAGAAGAAAGAUGGGUUGUCUCUGGGACCUGGGCCUUUUGUGACAGGGCUGGAAUACGCGACGGACACCAAAGCGACGGUGGUGGGGAAGCCAGAGAAAACUUUCUUCCUGGAAGCCCUGAGGGGGACUGGCUGUGCCCCAGAGGAGGCUGUCAUGAUCGGAGAUGACUGCAGGGAUGAUGUUGGUGGUGCCCAGGACGCGGGCAUGCGUGGGAUUUUGGUGAGGACAGGUAAAUAUCGACCGGCAGAUGAAGACAAAAUCAAUCCGGCUCCCUAUUUAACCUGUGAGAGUUUCCCAGAGGCAGUGGAACACAUCCUAAAGAGUAUGCUGUGAGAAAGGGAGUAGUUGGUUUGGAGGACCAUCUGCUUCAUAUAAUUUCCUUCAUUCUUGCUUCAAAAAUUAAGGUCCCAAGAUCAGUCAUUGCAUGUGUGGCAUCAGAAACCUGCCUGCAGAGUGAGGGGCAGAGGGUCUGAGUGGGCCCAGCACAGUCACCACACACAGGGAGUGUGGCAGAGUUCUGCUCAUCUUCAGUUUUCAGGAAAUAUCUGAUGAAAAGCCCUUCUCUGGAAAGCGUCACUUUCUGCAGAAUAAGUGAGACUUAUUCUGAAAACAUGCACUGAAAAUACCAACAGUAACAGAGGCUUAGUUGGCCUGUAGUGAUUUCACUGAGCUCUUACUUAAAGGUAGAGAUUAUGCACAUUUAGAAGUGACUUUUAAAUUAAAGUACCACUAUUGCUUAAUAAUAACUACUGUGGCUGUCUUUCCUCUCAUUACAGCAGAUCCUGUUCUUUGUUUUUCAAAUUUUACAUAAAAUUAAAAACUGUCAGCAUUUUACAGAUGUUUUAAUUAGAUGCUGUUAUUAAAAAGAAUGAUACAGAAACAAAACUCUGGUAUUAAAUGCCUCAGAGACUGUGACUUUUUAAAACUAGGCUUCAGCAGGGUCCUAUUAGUGCUGCAGUUGCAAAAUUUCACUGUUGUUGGGGAUUUUUUUGUUUCUUUUUAAUGUUAUGGGGAAAAUCCUUCACGAGCCAUGGGGACACAUUCCAGUUUUUACAGUUGGUUAGCAGAGCUGUAAAAUGAAAUUUAAUUCUGUUUCAUGCAAUGCUUUUCCUAUGCUCUACAUCCCCCAAUAUGAACCAACUUUGUAAUGAUGGUAAAUGGCUUUUCUGGUCCAUUUGCAAACUGUAAUAAUCAAAGUCCUUUACAGUUGUUUUACAGUGCUCCUGAGUGUUAAAUUAUUAGAUUGUAAUUAUGCAUUACUGGAGUAUUAACCUUAUUGAAAAUACAGUUUUGUGUUAAUGAGC